AUGGAAGGUGGAAAGGAGACCAAGAUUCCUCUAGCUGGCCAUUUUAUUUUAUCCUCUGAACAAUCUCCAAAAGAUGACAUGUCAAAGAGAAAAAUGGAAGAGAUCCCUUAUGCUAAAGCAAUUGGCAGUGUGAUGUAUGCAAUGAUAAGCACAAGGCCAGACAUUGCAUAUGUUGUUAGCACAUUGAGCAGGUUUAUGUCAAACCCUGGUGAAGAUCAUUGGAAAGGUUUGAAGUGGCUAUUGAGAUAUCUGAAAACAACUUCAGAUUAUGGUUUGAAAUUCGAAAAAGGAGGAGAUGACUUGAAGUUAGAAGGAUAUGUAGAUGCUGACUAUGCCUCCAAUAGAGAUACCAGAAAAUCAAUGACCAGUUACUGUUUUAUGCUGAAUACAUGCUGUAUCAACUGGAAAUCUCAGCAGCAACAUGUUGUUGCAUUAUCCACCACUGAAGCAGAGUUCAUGGCUGUUACAGAAGCCUUCAAAGAAGCAACAUGGAUCAAGGGUAUUUUACAAGAAAUCAGUAUGCUAAAAGGUAGAGUUUAUGUAUUCUCGGACAGUCAAUCAGCAAUUCACUUGAGCAAGAAUCCAGUUUACCAUGAAAGAUCCAAACACAUUGACAUAAGGAUGUUUUGGAUCAGAGACAAUAUAGAAGCUGGUGAAAUCAAUUUGGAAAAGGUGCCUACUGAAGAGAACCCUGCUGAUGCAGGAACCAAAGUGCUGUCUGUGAGCAAGUUCAAUCACUGUUUGGACUGGCUCAACCUUGGACCUGUUUGA